AGGUAAACAAUCGAGAGUUCAAGGAAGGUUAAUCCAGAUAAUUUUGGUAUCCAACCAUCCACCUCCCGUCCGUCCCUCCCUGAAAUUUCAAGCAGUAGUAGAUAGAUCGAGUUAAGUUGAAGGGCCAGUAGCAGCAGAGAAAAAUGGCGGCAAGCACUAGUGCCGUAAUCUCUCAUUUGCAAUCCCGCUGCUCCGGCGGCCGUUUCGAUCUGGUUGCAAGAAGACAACAACCACAAUUACUAAAUUCUCUUCAAAUUGACCGAACAAAGAGAAGAUUACUGGGGAUUCAUUGUUCAGACAAUAAUUGUUACAACAGUAUUAGAUUUGGGUCUAAUAAGAAAUCUAUUCGACGAUUUCGUUGUUCAGCGGUCGACGACUUAAAAGAGAAGCAGCUGGAACCGUUGGGCGGCAGCAAUGGUUCAGUUAUUGAAGAAAGAACAGAUAAUUCAGAGGGCGGGAUAUUGCAAAACGCCAACCAAGAUAAAGAAGGCAGCCCUAUUUAUAAUUUUCUGUAUCCUGAUAAAGAUCUACUACCCGAUGAUCAAGAAAUGAGCAUAUUCGACCAUCUAGAGGAGUUGCGCCAGAGGUUAUUUGUUUCUGUUUUGGCAGUUGGGGGUGCUAUGUUAGGAUGCUUCGCAUUUUCCAAAGAUUUGAUAAGGAUUCUCGAAGCUCCUGUAAUGACUCAGGGUGUUCGCUUUCUGCAACUUGCUCCUGGAGAGUUUUUCUUUACGACUUUGAAGGUAUCUGGCUAUUGUGGACUUCUUAUUGGAAGCCCUGUUAUUCUCUAUGAGAUAAUAGCGUUUGUUCUCCCUGGUCUGACUAGAUCCGAGAGAAGGUUCCUCGGACCCAUUGUGUUUGGCUCCUCGAUACUUUUCUACACGGGCAUCGCCUUCUCCUACGCUGUCCUAACUCCUGCAGCCUUGAAUUUCUUCGUUAGCUAUGCUGAAGGAGUGGUGGAAUCCCUGUGGUCCAUCGACCAAUACUUUGAGUUUGUAUUGGUGCUCAUGUUUAGUACAGGAUUGUCUUUCCAGGUUCCUGUCAUACAACUCCUUCUUGGGCAAGUUGGUUUGGUGUCAGGAGAUCAGAUGCUGUCAAUUUGGAGGUAUGUUGUGGUUGGUGCCGUGGUAGCAGCUGCAAUUCUGACCCCAUCAACUGAUCCUCUAACACAGAUGUUGUUAGCUGGUCCCCUCUUGGGUCUGUAUUUAGGUGGUGCAUGGACUGUAAAGCUGAUAGGGCGCUAAACUCAAAACCUAGCACAACCCCGUUACCACCUAAUCACGAAGUUUCCCAAAUUAGGGAUGGCUAAUGGUUGGCAUGUCAUCUUAUUAUAUGUAACAUACAAUACAACACAGGUUAGAUAAAAAUUUAUUUGUCUCCAUCCUUCUCUCAGAUCUACUCCCUGUAUUUGUAUUCUAAUAAUUAUAUCCUUGUAACAACAUUUAUAUCCGCAUAUUUCUGUUGUUCAGAUAUGAAAUCAUAAUUUACCUGUUCUA